AACAGAAUCAAGCAAGUACUAACUCAGUAUCCAAUCUGUGUCUCAGCUUCCACAAACCCAUCUCCAGAUCCACCGAUCCUAAGCAUCAAUCCUACUGCUGUGCCUGUUUUCGUUGAUCAGAAACAUCUGAGCGUGUCUAACCUAGUGCGAGAAGUUCAUCUAGUCGGGAACAUUGUCGGGAAAGAGUGUUAGGGUUUCGCAGGCCCCUGUUUGGUGAUUGUGCGCCUGGUUAUGGCGAUGCUGCGAUUGUAGGAGUGAUACGCAAGCUCAAUUUGUGUGUCGAAGUACAAGCGGGUGACGCUGCAGUGCAUUGGCAUGUUGGGUUUUUUCUGGUGUUGCUGUAUCUUGCGUCAUCUGUGAGGGUGGGAGCGGUCACAAUGGAGGGCAUUCUGAAUAUUGCGCAGAGGACGAAGAAGGUGGAUGUGGACAAUCGACUUCCAUUAAAGUAUUAUCACCGGACGGCAGAAAAUCUUCUGAAGCAGUUGCCGGAUGGGAUCGCCGGUUUUUGGAGCAGCGUGAUGGUUCUUGGUUGAAAAAUUAGGGUAUUUGUUGUUAUUAUUUGAAAAAGGUUCGCGGUGUGUAGUUUAUUCGGGACUGAAUUGGGUGGGUUUCAGGCUCGAAUUCUUCGAGAUGCGGGGAAUACUAUCGAUUACUACAUUCUCCUGCUUCGAUUUUCCAGGUCGGGGUGACUUAUGAGAAGAUUGAAUCCAUUCAAGCAUCAGUUUCAAAUGACGAGCCCUGUUGGGUUACCUGGUGAACAAGAGAUGAAAUGGAUGUUAAGAGCAGCAAUCACCUUUGACCCUGGGACCUUGACAAAAAAUCUCGCAACCUUCACUGCCGUCGCCUUCUCUGCCACAGUUCCUUACGUCAUGUUCAGCAAGAUUAAGAGACCUCAAUAUCAUUACAUGGAAAGUCAAGCAUCACUUUCCGUCGACGAGGAUACAUCUGAUGAAGAUCACACCUCUCAAUGUGAUGUUCUAAGUCCAACCUCCAUUGUUGGCUGUGGAAAUGAAAGCUUGGAACCUGACAACGUGAUGAGCCCUGGAUUUCUGAUUCAGGAUAUUGAACCUUCUCGCCGUCUCGACUCUUCUGUUCGCGUGAACACGUUUACUGAGGGACUCGAGAGUGAAAACCUAAUCAUCAUUGGAAUUUCUGAUUUAGAGAUCCAAUCUUCAACGGCUACUACGGCGUCUGGUUCCGGUGCAGCUGAUGUUGAUAGAUCAGCUGGCAGACUGUACAGCAAUACAGCAGAGACGAAAAAAUUGACUUCCAAUGUGACACCCUUAAAAAAUUCUUCCUCUGACUUCAACAUGGUGUCGGAGGCUAUCAUUGACAGGAACUUGGUGAGAAGUGGAGACUGGGGAUCACAAAUUCAGCCAUCAUCUAGUGCAGAAUCUGGUCCCGGUUCAUCUGACGAUAUCAACGAGACAGCUGCCAAGUUGGCCGAUUUAAGCGUGUGUGAGAUUCCUCUAAUUUAACGUGCAUCUCAUGCGAGUGGGGCACCGGUUCGUAUUUCAAAAUCUAAUGUUGUGUUUACAGGAUUGUCGACUUCUGAUCAGCUGUUUUGUUUUUGUGAGAAAUGCUGUGAAGCUCAAAAUGAACCUGGUUUGACAAUAGAGAAUGCUCACCUCCAUAAUGAAUUUAUCUCCACGAGAACCCAGGUAGAUCUUUGUAGACGUCCUGAAGGUAAGUCAACUGAAAGAAGCCGGAAAGAAUUGGAUGGAUUUGAUGAAGAUGGUGCAGAGGAUUUGUGUUCCUUUGAAAAGGACGAUGACCAUGAGAGACAUUGCGAGGGUUACACAUACGACAUCAUACGAGGAAAAGUGUGCAAAUCGGGCAAACGCUUCCUUCGCUGGGAAAUUUCGAUUGCUAAAGAGAUAACGGAACAUGAGAAAAGAGUAUUUUCUCAGAAGAAGCAUAGUAUUGGAGGAUCAGGAUUUAGCGACAGGAAUUCAGAAUCGUGUACACAAACCAGGGAGGAGGAAGAUUGUGAAAGAAUUAGCAACGGCGGGCCACAAUCAACUGUUUGAAAAACAAGCAUCGACAUCCAUAGCAUAUUAACAAAAGAUACUAGACCCAGAGAUUGUGAUUCUCAGACUCAGACCUUAUCAACUGAGGGAUUGGGGUGUAGGGACAUAGGUACCAGCACAUCUGUAAACACUGCUUGUAUCAGAAGGGGAGUUAGGGCCAGAAGAUCCUUGAAGCAAUCACAUACCAUGACUACGGAAGAAACAAAGGAUGCACCAGUAGUGUACAAUCCCAUCCAAGGGGACCUCUUGAGCAGGCGCUGUCUCCUCUCAAGUCACUCACAGAGACAAAACACCGGUUAAACAUGUCCCUUCUUGAGCAAUAUGAAUAUCUGGAGCUGCUUGGUAACAUUCUGGAGGAAGCUGCAAGUGAGUGUUGAUCAUGUCCUCUGUUAAUUUUUCUCCUCAGUUUCAGUGAGGUGACUGGUGUUGUCAUUUGUAUAGCCGUCACCUGCCAUCCAUAGAACACCAGUAAGUUCAUAAUUGCGCAAUUCUUAAUUGAAAGUCAUCAGCUUCUCAUAAA